AUGCCAGUCCACUGGAGUUCCGAAAUAAUGAAAUGGGAGUACAGAGAAUUACAGGCCACUGCUAUGUCAAUAGAUUAUUCAGGCAACAAUGUUUUAUUAGCAGGGCGUAGAUGGUUAGCCAUUAAACACAUCAGUUUAGAAGAUGAUACUGGAGGAGACAUUGUUAAAAAAUACCCUCGUCACAGUAAAUACGAUGCUGCUGGAGCAGAGUGGUGUCAAACAUAUCAAGGGAAAAAUCUAUGUGCAAUAGCGAGCAAUCAGCGUGUGGAUGUAUAUGACUGGCGUGCAGGCAAUGACUUGACAUGUAUAUGUUCCUUGCGGGGGCAUACUCGUGUUGUUAGUGAUACACAUUUUCAUAGACAGGACCAUACUCUCAUUGCGACUUGCUCCAUUGAUACUUUUACUCACUUAUGGGAUUUAAGAGAUGCUAGAAAACCAGUUAUUUCCUUGUGUGCAGUAGCUGGAGCAUCUCAAGUUCAAUGGAAUAAAGUAGCAACUCAUGUAGUUGCUACAGCACAUGAUGGAGAUAUAAAAAUUUGGGACUACCAUGAUGCUGAUGGCGAAGAUGACAAUAAUAGUGAUAGCGUUAGCUAUUCUUCUACGGUUGGCUCUGUUAAUGACCUUUCGCUUGCUGACAAAAAUCAGGAUUCUCAAUCGAAUAAGAUUUCCCACAAAGUUAUUACGUCCAUUGAUGAAGAAUUCGAGUCUAUCCGUGAAAUGGCAAACAUAGAAGUUACGGACAUGAACAUAGAGACACGCACGUGUCAGAUCCACUCGGAGCGAAAUGGUUAUGUAGCAAACCUACAGGUUACCUUCCCCAGGAACGUAACCGAACAGACAAUACCGAAAUUCUCAUGGCUUUCUGGAACUAACGUCGACAGCCCAACCACUAUAAAGAUUUUACAAGCCAUUAACAAAACGGCUUAUCGCAAAAAGAAAGAAGGUCAUAGAUGUUUAUUGCAUUGCUUAAAAACAUUGGCGACGUCAAUCGACGAAAUACCGGUGAAGUCCAACGACGACUCGGAUUCGAUGAAGUCGAGCCAGCGGAGCCAGUCGGAGAGCGAGAACGCGGGCGACUCGUGCAUACCGUUCCCGCGCACAUGCGGCGCGAAGUGGUGCGGCGUCAGCACGCUGGUGGUGUUCAACCGGCCGCCGAACGCGAGGCGGCUCUCGCUGAAGCACGAGGCGGGCACUCCGAGGUCCAUGUCGUCCCUCUCGCUCACGCCCGGCCUCUUCGGCGGCGGCUACAGCUCGGUCUCCCCCCACGCGACCACAACGCCCUCUCCGACGAACGCCUCCGGCUUCCCCCAACUGCUGCACCGCCACCCGUCCAACUCCAUAACAACGUUCUACUUCCAGGACAGAUGGAAAGCUCAAAGCCGCCGCGCAGGUAAUAUACGAAGCCGGGGCAGUAUAUCGGGCUGCUCGUCGCCCCGGGUCGUUUUGUAUGCUGCCAACAACCUGUUUCCUCUUAAUCGAUCACUGGCCGAAAAAUACAUCAUCAACGCCGAUGAUCCCAUUGAAAUGUGCGAGAGGAACGCGAAGGUGGCAGCCGAUGAAGGGGAGGGGGAUAUAGCCCACGCGUGGGGCCUAGCCGCGCUUGCCGCCCGCGCCUUGGCGGCUCGUCUCUCAGACCACCUGACCUCCAGCGAGGAGAGCAUGGGCUGGGUUGGCCACCCGCUCUGCUGCAACCUCGUCCAGGCACUGAUAUCACACUAUGCUAAAGCUUCUGAUGUUCAAAUGGCUUCGAUGUUAGCCAGCGCUUUUGCCGUUUUUAACGACACCUACAACUCAAGUUCACAAUCAACCAUCAGCACUUCGAGCUGUUGCCAUUCGUCACAGGGCAAUGGAACGUCGCCAUACAGCACAGUGAAUCAGUACAGCGAAAUAAGCGCGGACGGAUGGACUUUGCCAAUAAUACUACGCAGCAAUUCCUGCUCCGAAGCGGAAAACUUCCACACUGACUCGACUCUGUCGAAGUCCGAGCGUGCCUCUGCCUGCGUUCUAGACGAAGCGACCGUCCACCUUUACAACUGUUUCAAACGCGUAUACGCCGAUAUACUGCAUCGGUGGCAACUACUGUAUAAGAGGACUGAGGUGAUGAAGCUGGUGGGGGGGCGCGGCGAGCGCGCUCAGUCGCCCGCCGGCCCCGAGGCGGUGUGGGAGUGCGCGUGGUGCGCGCGCGUGUGCCGCGGUGGGGCGUGCGCGGCGUGCCGACGUCCCGCGCUGCGCUGCGCCGUGUGCGCGCUCGGCGUGCGCGGCCUGGCAGUCGCGUGCGCGCUCUGCGGCCACGCCGGCCACGCGCGCCACCUGCUCGAGUGGUUUGCUCAUCACGACAAUUGUCCGACGGGAUGCGGUUGCAAAUGCGUCAUCGAAGGAACGUCCGUAUGGAAAGGAGUUAAGUAUGUG